GCGAGAGAGAGAGAGAGAGAGAGAGAGAGAGAGAGCGCACGCGCUCAUCAUCCAAAAGCGAGUCCCCCGCGCUGGCUGUGAGUCUCGCGCGUGCGCGCGCAUCCAAAACCCGAGCGCGCAUUGGCUCCAGAGGAGAACAAAAAAAGGGGGAAGAGCGGCUGGAGAGAGAGAGAGAGAGAGAGAGAGAGAGAGAGAGAGAGAGAGAGAGAGAGAGAGAGAGCAUCCAGACCCGCGCUGACGGUGCUGCUGCUGCAGCCCUGCACGAGGAGCACGAAGCCUCAUCAUCAUAAUACACACAGCAUACACACUCAUAUACACAUCACACACACACACUCACCAUACACACACACACCAUACACACACUCACCUUACAAGCGGACACACACUCACCACACAGACACUCACCAUUCACACACACAGCCAACGCAAAAGGAAGAGGAGGAGAGAGACUGAUGCGCGCGAGACCCGCAGAGCUAUGAGAUGCAAGAGUAACAGGCAUUGAGAGAUGUCUCAGAAGAAGAUCUUCCUGGUUCUGGUGGCGAUUACUACAGUCAGCUUCCUGUUGCAUCAUGGGGGUCACCUCAGCUGGACUAUUGAGGUGUUCCGGCUGGGCUGCCCAUCCCUACGCUCGUCCUUCUUUCAGGACAGUGGAGCUCCACGCCCAAGGCACACCAGCGUGGCCUUCCUGAAGACGCACAAGACUGCCAGCACCACGGUGCAGAACAUCCUGUUCCGUUUUGCCGAGCGCAACAAUCUGACGGUGGCGCUGCCCGUCACCAGCUGUGAUCACCAGUUCUGCUACCCACGCCUCUUCAGCAGCCACUACGUCCACCCGCACACCACCCCGCCGGACAUAAUCACCAACCACCUGCGCUUCAGCCGCUCAGAGGUGCACCGCCUCAUGCCCAACAACACCAUCUACAUCACCAUCCUGCGGGAGCCGGGCGCCAUGUUCGAGUCACUUUUCAGCUACUACAAUCAGUACUGCCAGAGCUUCAAACGGGUUCCCAAUGGCUCCCUAGAGGUUUUCCUGGACCAGCCCUGGUCCUACUACCGCGCGGAGGAGAAGGAUUCCAUGUACGCUAGAAACACUCUGACGUUCGACUUGGGAGGAGACAAGGAUCGACCAAAGGCAGAUGUGGCAAAUUACGCAAAGCGGUUUGCGGCGGAAGUGGAGCGAACCUUCUCGUUAGUCAUGAUUGCUGAGUAUUUUGAUGAAUCGCUGGUCUUGCUUCGACGCCUGCUGUCGUGGGAGUUAGAGGACGUACUCUACGUCAAACUCAAUAUGCGUCUUCCAUCAGCUAAGAGCAGCCUUUCUGAGCAACUCACAGGCAAAAUCAGAUCAUGGAAUGCCAUCGAUGCUGUGCUCUACGACCACUUCAAUGCCUCGCUGUGGCGACAGCUCAAUGCAAUAGGGUUAGCAUGUGUGGCUAGGGAAGUGCAGCUCAUGAAGCGCGCUCGGGAACAGCUGGUACGUGGCUGCUUCGGAGGCAGCAUGCCUCAGCUGCGUUCAGCUGCUCAGAUCACCAACAAGGACUUGCGACCAUGGCAGCCCAGUGCCAAGGUAGGCAUUGUUGGGUACGACCUGCCCACUAAUGUCACAAAGAGAAGCUCAGGCCUGCCCCAGGACAUGUGCCUAAAGCUUAUCAUGCCCGAAGUGCAAUACACGCGGCUGUUGCUGCGCUCGCAAUCUCUGCGAUAUCGGAGCAGGUUUCCGAUGCGCUCCUCCCAAAUGACAAUGAAACUUACGGGGCAGCACCGGGUACCAUCUAUCAUAGGCGCUACCCAGCGACCCUCAGGAGCAUUAGGUAGAAGCACCAGAGGAACUCUACGGUUUUCCCAGAGGUCAGCAAUAUCCAAUUAGUUCCAAUAUCCAAUUAGACUUGUAGGGAAAGAUCUCUACUGGACAGGAGGCUGAGGGAAUGCCCAGGACAAUUCCUGCCAUUCCCAUUAGGUCCCGCUUCUCAGGACUGUGAGAGACUAGAGACGGUCUGGAGACUAGGUGGUCUAACAGGCCUCUAAAAUUCUCAAAUUCAGCCCUGAUUUUUACGUCUGAGGCUUGAAGAACCUUUCUGAUGACCUUGAACUCUGAUGGCUGGAUCAAUCUGAGAGACUCAGAAAGGCCAGAAUGUACUGUAUGUGUACAUGUAAGUGAAGCUCUUUGUAGGCUGUAGAUCAUGACACUAUAUAAUCGCAGUACUGUCUUAAACAAAGAUGCUAACACACACACACACACACACACACUCACCUAUACACACACAAACACACACCCUGCCUCUGUAAGCACACAGACUCAGGCCUAAGGCCAUGUUUUCAUGCCUCUGGUCUCUAGAGGUAGGAGACUCUAGGUUUAGGUAAUUACACUUGCUUCCACCUUCCAGCAGCGUAGGACCCUGACAGCCGAGCCAAACGAUUUGCAAACGUCUGCAAGGCAUGCAAGGUAUUUGAAAACCACGUGACCUACGCCAUUAAGCAUGUGUACGUGUGCGAGACAAGCGUGUGAUGAAUGUGUUCGCCGAUGCUAGGCCGAGCUGCGCACCAGCCAAACGAUGUUGUUCUGUAAACCAUCCCCGCGCUCGUAGUCUCAACCCCGCCGCGCUCCCGACAGUUGGUGAUGAUGCAACCCUCUCAAAGGACGCGAAGCAUUUAAAUAUUUAAUCAUUUAAUCUUCAGUCUUUCCUUGGCCGCCGCUUGGGUUACACUGGCCUGCAUUUCAUGAGAGCCCACAGGAGCAUGCCAAAUUGGCACAGAGCAGAGGACGGCAGAAAGAAUUAAAAAGGAUGAACAAGGUCGAGGGCAAAUGAAAGUAUCUCCCAUCAGCACGCUAGCGUUCAGACCUAGGUCAGCUGCUGAGAGCAGUUUUUGGUGACACGCUGACCUUGUUUGAUAUAUGAAGGAAUGACGGGGAGUACAGUGUACUCACACUUUGUUGUAAAAGGUAGAAGACAGAAGACAUGAUUUGGUGUCAUGCUCACAAAUGUUCUCACCAGAAAAGUGAAUCUAUUUAAAUUAUUAUUAUUUUUUUUUGUAUCUUCUUCUUAAGCUCAUUGUUUCUCUAGAGUAUAUCCAGGUUCGUGGACUAAAAUGCCUUGUUUGAGACAAGUGUGUCCACUGUGAUUUGGAUUGUGGUGCCACUGGAAAAGUGUGUGAACAUACAAUACAUGUGGGAAUAUGAAUGAUGGGUUUAGUCAAGCUGGUAAUACCAAUUCACUGGUUUGGUCAAGCUGGUUGACCAGUAGCUAGACAUAUUGAUUGAGUAUAACCAAGCACUUCAAAUUGGUGAACUAGCUUGGCUAUGCUGGUCAACCAAUGUAGUCAUUCUGGUCAAGACUGGACAUGUCCACCAGUUUGGUCAAGCUGGUCAUAUUUCGGGUCAUAUUUGUGGACUAGUAUGGUUAUGCUGUUCAAGACUGGACAUGCUGGGCAACCAGUUUGGUCAGGCUGGUCAUACUGGUUGACCAGUGUGGUUAUACUUACUUACUGGUUCAUUAGUUUGGUAAAGUUGGUCAUGCUGAUUGACUAGUUUGAUUAUGCUGGUCAACCAUUGUGGUCAUACUGGUGGACUCAUUGGCCUUUUUUGUUAACCAGUGUGGUAAAGCUGGUCAUGCUGGUUGACUAGCAGGGGAGGGUAGAUCACUCUGGUUACCCAGCUUGGUCAAACUGGUCAACUGGCUUGAUCUGGUUUGGUCCAGUUUGAUCUCCAGUGAAUACAUACCCUAUUCUGGACCACUGAAAUAAUGUGUGAAAGUAAUUAAUAAAUAUUUUAGUGUUAUUAUUAUCAUCAUUAUUAAUCAUCAUUGCUGUAUUUUUAAACCAGUGCUUGUGCAGUCAUUCCUACAACUCUGAACUCAAUAUCCUGAACAGCAUCUGUGCGUAUGUGAGGGUGUGCUUUAUGAGUCUAUUGAUCGGGAUCGUUUUUAUUAUGCACAUCACACAAGUAUUUGGAGCAAUAGAGCUGCUAUCUGAAUAUGAAUACAUGUUAUUUAAUUGCACGUCUUAUCCAGCCUGUAGAUUAUAGACACCGAGACCCUGCCUACGCCUGCCAUUAAACUAUCUUUAUUAUUCAGCUGUCAUCUUCACACCAGCAAUGUUGUGGGCAGGAGAUGUUAUAUAACAGUUGAUGUACUGGUGAUUAAAUCAGGUGGUUCUGUAUCACCACCAUGACAAAUCAACUGGAUAACUGGUAGCAGUAGUUCUGUAGGUCACAGCAUCUUCUGAAAAAAAAGGUAACAGCUUUAAACAGAUUUGGGUUUAAGUUAAAAAAAAAAAGUGUGGGAAGAAGUGGGAAGGUGUGAACGCUCUGGUUUGUAAAGGUCAGUGUGAAGGUCAUUCUAUGCCAACUCAUCCAGGGCUUGGUACACCAUAAUCCAUGACGACACUGACUUUUUUAUUGGCUGUAAGCCAUAAUUAUAAACAAUAAAAGAAAUAAACGCUUAAAAUAGAUCACUCUGUUUGUAGUACAUCUAUAAAAUAUACAGUGGCCUCCUUGAACUUUUUGUCACCUUACAACCACAAACUUAAAUGAAUUUUAUUGAGCUUUUAAGUGAUAAACCAAACACAAAGUAUUGAAGAUGUGUGAAGUGGAAUAAAAAGGACUUUUUAUUAUAGUCCCCACAUAACACUGUGCAUUUAGGCCAAAAAGUUCAACACUGGUCUCAUUUGACCACAGCACCUUCUUCCACAUGUUUGCUGCAAAGAGCAAUUCAUAUGUUUUUUCUUUAACAAUGGAUUUCUUCUUGACACUCUUCCAUAAAGGCCAUAUUUGUCCAGAUUUGUCCUGUAUGCAGAUUCUCCCACCUGAGUUGUGGAUCUCUGCAGCUCCUCCAGAGUGACCAUGGGCCUCUUGGCUGCUUCUCUGACCAGUGCUCUCCUUGCUUCAUCUGUCAGUUUGGGUGGAUAGAUAUGACCUGGUUGGGUUUGCAGUUGUAGAAUACUUUUUCUAUUUCUAGAUGAUUGAUUUUGCAGUGCUCCUUGAGAUGCUUAAAGUUUGGGAAUAUGUUUUAAUAACCUAACCCUGACUUAAACUUCUCCAAAACUUUAUCUCUGUACUGUUUGGUGAGUUCCUUGGUCUUCAUGAUGCUGUUUGUUCACUAGUGUUCUCUAACAAACCACUGAGGUCGAUACAGAACAGCUGUAUUUAUACAGAGAGACUAAAUUACACAAAUUAAAAUCCAGUGCAAUCAAUUGCCUUCAGAAGUCAAUGAAUACGUUGUAUUCAGGGAUUGAAGGGGACUGAAUACUUUUUUCACACGUUUCAGAUUUUUAUUUGAUAAAAAAAUUGAAAACCAUGCAUAUCAUUUCCGUGCCAAUUCACACUUAAACAAUACUUUGUGUUGGUUUAUCACUUAAAAUCUCAAUAAAAAAAAAAGUGUAGAAAAGUUGAAGGGUAUGAAUACUUUUGCAAGCCACUGUACAAGUUUCAUAUUUUGAACUGAAUUACUGAAAUAAAGAAACUUUUCAAUUAUUUUACUUUUUUGAGAUGCACUAGUAUAGUAAAAGAUUCCAUAUAAACAGACCUGUGAAAAUGUAUUGAAUGUUAUCAUAUUAUUCAAUUAAAUAUUAUUUAUUUUCCACAAAAUAAGGUAGUACACUGUUUCUUCUGUGUGUUUUAAACUGAGCACUGCUGGAGAACAGCUGAGGUACAAAAACACACACAUCAGCCCAUUCACACCUUCUGCUUCACACUCUGAGCUGCAAAUCUUAAUCAGCUCACACUGCAGCAGAGAGCAGAGCAGAGUGAAAGACUGUACUUUCACCAUUUUCCCUCAUAUCGUAUUGUAAUAGCUGGCUGCUGUCAUCACUUUAGCGUUUGAGCCCCCAUAACCCUUUCAAUAAGUGCUCUUUUAUUGUACAUAUCUACAUACUGUAUGUUGGGUGAUAAAUCUCCAGUGCUUGAUGUUCAACUAAGGAGAACGCACAAGACGAUUCAUACGAAUUCAGUCUCUUUGGUAUUAGCUCAAAUCUGCAGUUAAAGAUGAAUAAUCAAUCAUGGUUUGUUUUUUUUUUUCUUUUAGAGAUAAAUGUAGGAUGAGCUUGGGGAAUGAUAAUGAAAUGCAUGGAACUCUUCUCUGAAGGAACUUAAACCCAACAUGAUUGUCAUUUAAUUGUCUGUGGAGAGAAAGAGAGAAAAGUAGAGAGAUAUUUUGUGUUGCACAAAACCUGUUAUAAUAGGACACUGAAUUUAUUCCAUUAAUUAAAUUGUCAAACAGUAUUUAUUUAUGAACUGUGAUCCAUGUUUUUUUUGUUUGUUUGUUUUAAGAGCAUUAAAUUAGAUGCUUUUGACAAUCAGAGCUAGGGAUUCCAAAGCCCUGUGCUAAGAUGUGAGAACUGAAACCAUUAAAGCUUAAAAAUUAAAAAAUACCGAACUCUGGUGAUCAUU